CCACGGAUCAAGAAAACAAUCCAAGAAGCUCAAUGAUAGAAGUAAAUUAGCUGAUUCUCACUCGAUAAUUGGAGCCGGAGCUAAGGGGGUGCAUAUGUACGCAGUACGCACACAACACUGUCAGAGAACUGUACCGGCCGGCCUCCUCCUUCUGCUGCUGGCCAUGUGGAGCCCACACUGUGCAGUGGGGUCAGCGGCUAAACUAGACGCCUGCCAAUGUUGUCUGCUCCGGGAGGGGCAGCUCAUGCAACGGAUGUAUCCUAGCCAGUGCAUACCACUGGUCUUGCUUAGCAUGCGAAAAGGGCCGGCCGGGUGAAAUAUUCUCCCGCGGCAUCAUUGCAUUUUUGCAAUUGCGUUGUGUUGGUGGCCAAGUUUAUAAACCCCUCCAUACCUCACUCCCCAGUUCCAGAAGCUGGGAAUCUUUGCUCUCUUCUUUCUCUUGCUUGUCUUAUGCAGCUGCAAGUAGUAGUAUGAUCCCCUGACUGAAGAGGAAGACUAAAGCCUGAAGCAGAACAAGAGAGAGAACAAGAGAAAGGACAAGCGCUUUCUUUUGAGCCGGUGGAUAUUGGGCAGCAGGUUCAGGAUACUCAACCGGUUGGUCUCACUAGCUUGAGAACAAAGACUGUUAAAGAACAGAGGAUGAUGCAGAUGGAGAAACUUGUGAAUCACUGCGACAUGGAGCUCAUGAAGAUGGCCAUGCUCAAACAUGAAGAGACCUUCAGGCAGCAGGUCCAUGAGCUGCACCGGUUAUACCGCGUCCAGAAGCAGCUCAUGACCGGGCCAAGCUGCCGGCGCCAGAGGCGCAAGAAGCCCCGGCGCGCGCUGGACCUGCACCUACCUGCCGACGAGUACAUCGUCAUCGGAGCUGACAACGCGACGCCACCAUCGAGGGAACACGAGCUGGAGCUGACGCUGGCCAUCGGCGGCGGCACUAACGCCAGCCGGAGGAAGCGGCCGGACGAGGGCACCCCCUUGGCGUCGCACUGCUCCGGCGGGAGCCCGACGUCGUCGUCGUCGUCAUCGAUCGGCACCAGCGGAUCACCACCGUACCAGUUCCAUCUACAGGACGGGACAGUGAUGAAGCAGCAGCAGCAGGCGCCAUGGCUCGUGCAAUACCUCAGCCUUAGGACGGCAUGAGAUGAUUGAUCAGAUUUAACGUGGCCUUCGUAGGAUAGCAAGGUUGUGUUGCGACUUGUAGGAGAGGAUGCAGGUAGUAAGGUAGUGUUUGGUUUGUGGGAGGGGAUGAGACGGAGCGAAUCUAUCUGUUUUUGAGUUGUUUGGAUAGAGAGCAGUAGGAUGGAAUAGUUUGAAAUCUCAAUAUUCUUUAAAUAUUCGAACGGAAUUGUUCCAAAAAGAAUAGUGGAACGCAACCGUCCCAUUUCGAAUAUGACACUGACGGUAAGCCCGAUGUACUAAAA